AUGAAUAUAUUUAAUCAGCAUCAUUUUACUCCAGAGACUCCUUAGUUAUUGUAAAAUUUAAAUUUAAGAGAUGGUUAAGUUGCAAAAAAGCUAAUAUAAUUAUUAUGUCAUAGUAGUGAAAUUUAAUUUCCACAAAUAUAAAAUACGAAAAUAAAAUUGAGUGAGUAUAUGGAAAGUCUAACAUAGAAACCUAAAAACUUAUUUUAAUAAUGCUCUGAAAAAAUAUAUGAUAUUUUUGGAUAAAUGGAUAAUCAGACAAUUAUUAAUGCUAUCUUGGAUCAUUUAGAUGAACAUUCUUGUAUAAAUGUUUUAAUGCUAUUUUAUAAAUGUUUGUUAAAUUCAGGUUUAAGAUAGUAAGUCUAUGAGGAUGGGUAAUUUUUAAAAUCUAAUUUAGUUAUUUAACAGAAAUUAUUGAAAAAUUUGAAAAUGCUUUAACUACUCCAAAUUCGAUUUAUAUGAAAUUAUCUAAACUUAGCACUACUGGUGAUUUUCAUAUGAAUUUUACUAAAUUCUUAUUAACACAUUAUCCAACAGUAUAUUCAAAAGAAAAUAAUCUUUAACCAAGAUAAUCAAUAUAAGAAAAAUCAUUUUAAGUUGAACCUUCAAGAUAAUAAAAUAAGAAUUUUAAAAUCCCUCCAUUGAAAUUACCUUAAAAUAGUUUAGAAAUUAUAGGUGUAAUGACUCGUUCAACAAGAAGAGCAGAUCCUUUUAAAUCAUAUUCAACAUGUUCAAAUAGAUUUUCACAUUCUAUUGAUUCUGCAAUUAAAUUUACAAGUGGUUCAUAAGCAAUUCAUAUAGAAGAAGAUUAAUCUUGUAAAUUAAAUGCAAAAGAGGAGUAAAUAUUAUUAUAUAAUUUAAUUAGAUUAUAAAAUUUAGCAUAAUUAUUGGGUAGUUAUUGUUUAACUUAGGAUUUAUCAUGUCUAUUAUUGAAAUAAAGAAGAUAGUAAUUGGAAUCAUUAACAAGAUUGGGUAUUAAUACAUGGCCAAAUAUUUUAAAAGAAGGUGAAGAUCCACUUGCAGAAUCUUUUGAAUAAGAUUAAAAUAAAACUCAAAAAAGUAAAAUUUGUAGACUAUGGGGAAAUAUUCUAUAUCUCAUUCUCAAAGACAUUAAAAAAAUUCAAUAUGAAUUAUGUCCAUAUUCCACUAUUUUAAAUUAUUUGUGUUCAAGUUCUUUUUAAAAAAAUAAAAUAUCAUCAAAAUAAAUAUAUUAAGAUUUUGAUACAGAAAUGUAUUAAAAAAAAUAAUUAUGUGAUUAAAGUAAAAUAAAAUAAGAUAAUGGAUUAAUUAGUGAAUAGAAGAUUUAUUUUUAAAUUUUAGAUUUAUUUAAUAGUGAUUAAUAACACAUUAAAUUGUAAUAAGAUUCAUAUAAAGAAUAAUCAUUUGAAAAUGAUGAAUCAGAAAGAAGUAUAGAAGUAUAAUAAUUAUAAUGAUAUAUUUAGUCUCCUCAUACAGUUGCAAAUAUUCCAGAAAUGAUGAUACCUGUUAAAAAUGAAUUAGAAAAAGUUGUUUGUAAUUAUAGACACUCAAAUACUACAUAAUUCUCUUUUUUAAAGCAUAUUUAAUAUCGUUUCAAUUUUAUUUUAAAUACAAUGGAUAUGAAUAAAAAUGCUUUUUAUGAAUUGGAAUAUGAUUUAUUGUCAAUUCUCGAGAAGUAUUUGAGUUAUACUCACAACAGAAUUUUAUUACCUCAAUUCUUAGAUUAUAUGAUUGAAAUUUUAGUAAUGAUAAAAAGGUAAAUUAUUGAUAUUAUCAAUUGCUAACAAUCUUCUUCUCGAACUCCUAAUUAAUCAUAAUACAUAUCAAAAUCAGCAAAACAUUAUUCUUAAACCAUUACUAAUAUGUUUAAACCUAUUAAUAUAUUUGAAACAUCACCAGAUUAAAAAUCAAAUUAGCUCUAAACUCAAUUAUUUUAAUAACAGUAAUAAUUUUAACCAUCUUAAUUAAACUUUUCCUCCUAAUAACAUUAAUAAUAAUAAUAAUAAUAAUAACAAUAACAAUAACAAUAAUAAUAUUCAACUUUAAAGUUUAAAUCAUAAAAACCAUUUAUUCAAAAAUACCCUUAAAUCAUAUCCACUUAUAUUAGUAUUGUAUCAAGAUUAUUUUUAAGAGCUAUAAAUGAUUCUUCAAUUAAAUUUCUACUUAAUGUAUUUGUGAAUGAAAUUUUCUUGGAUAUGGUGAAAAAUUUUAGUAGUUUUAUAUUUUAAGAACUCAAUUCAAACAAAGAAGAAAAUUUUGAAAUUCAUGCUAUGAGAAUAUUAUUAUUCUAUGAAUCUAUUUUAUUAUUGUUUUAGAAGCAUGAUAAAGAAUAUAAAUAAUAAGUGAGAAUGUUUUAAGGAUUUUUAAGUUAAUUAUUAAAAGUGCUUUAAAAAUUUAUAGAAUAACAUACUUAUUUAUUAUAAAAACCAUAAGUAAAUAGAGUUCAUGUUUACAAAAAAGCUUUUGAAGUCAUUGGGAUAUCAUUUUAGUAUCCAAAUGAAGAAUUAUCAACUUUUAUGAUAAGAUAUUGUUAUGUGAAUUUUAUAAAAUUAUACUCUUAAAGUAAUUUAAAUGACAUGAAGGAAAUAAAUAUGAAAAUAUAAGAAUUUAAUCAAAAGUAAUAACCUAGUUCAAAAUAGGAUGAAAAGUAAUCAAAAUAAUAUAGUUAAAUAUUUAUGAACCUAUAUAUUAAGUGUUUAUUUUGCAUAGCCCAAAAUAGAAGUGAAGAUAUAUCUAGAAAGUUCUAUUAGUACAGAAUAGUUGAGUUUUUAACUUAAGAAAUCGAUUUAGAGUUUGACAUAACUUAAACUAGAGAGAAGCCAAUUAAUAAUUCAUCAUUAAUACAAUAAUAAGAAGUAAAUUAAUAUUGAUUUUUUUAAUUAAAUAGUAAAAUAGUUAAGUGGAUUCAUCCAGUAAUAAUGAGAGAUUGAGUUCCAAAAUAAGUGAUAGACCUAAUGUUAAGUUAAAUUUAUAAUCUGUUCAUAAAUAGUAAUUAGAAGAAAUUCAAGAAGAGAACCAAAAGUAGACUAAAAAAAAUAGUUAAAUUUUAUUAAAAAAGGUUUUAGUGCCAACUUUAGAUUUGGAAGGCAAACUCAAAUAGAUUAAUUAUUCAAGUUAAUCUUAUAGCCAUAGUCCAUAAUUUAAUACAUCAGCAAAACAAUAGUAGAACUUAACUGUAUUACAAAAAGUUUAACCUGAUGACGUUUAAUAAAAUCAUAAAAGAGGUAAUUCAAUGCCAUUUAAAUCAGAAAUAUGUAUUCAAGCUUAAUUAUCAGAAAGUUAAAGAAGAAUGUUAUUACAAAAGAAUAUAAAUCCAAAUAGUAGUGAUAAGAAAUAACCAGUUCCGAAACUAAAUUUACCAAAUUGUUAACAAGAGAAAGAUUAAUAGCCCUAGUAAUAGCAAUAACUUAAAUUAAAUAUUUCUAAUUAACCAAAAGAUGAUUUAUUCUAUUUUAGUGAAAGAAAAUUAAGAAAAAUAUAUUCAGAUGAAGAACUGCAUGCUAAUUGUUUAUCUUUAUUAAUUUGUUUAUUAAUAAAACCAAUAAGAGGAACAUUAGAUGAUUUGUAUUGUUCUUAGCAUCCAAUUAUAAAUGGAAAACCCAAUAUAUUAUUUUUAUUACAUCAUCAUUUGAAUCAUCCUUAAAAUUAGAAAGUAAUUAAAUUAAUUUUAUAAAAAAUAACAAACAUAAAGAUAAUAAGAUUGUUGAAAUUACUAUGUAUUUAACUGUUUGAUAUAACAUAAUAUACAGAUUGGUAGAAAAUAGCAUCAGGUGCCUAUGGAGUAAUAUAUUAAUGUAAAACAAAUUUAUAAGAGCCCGAAUAUGUGGCUAUAAAAUAAAUGGGUGCUCCAAAGAGUAUUUAUGAAGUAAUUGUUGUAAUAUAAUUAAUUUAAGAGAUGUGUAUUACAUGGCCUAUUUACAGAAAUAGCAUGUAUGGAGAAUUUCAGAUUAAAUCCUUAAGUAGCAACUCUUUAUGAUUAUGGUGUAACAUAAAGUGAUUAUAUAAUUGUAAUGAAGAAAUAUCCUUAUUCAUUAAGAGAAUGGAGAUAAUAAUAGAAAGGAUCUCUUUAAGAUAAUCUUGGAGUUUAUUUAAGUUUAUAUAAGGAGGUAUUAUAAGCAGUAUAAAUGUUACAUAAUCACAAUGUUACACAUUAUGAUAUUAAGGCAGAUAAUAUUUUAUUAGAUGAUAUGCAUGUUGUUUUAACAGAUUUUGGAGAAUCUAGUAUAUUUAUAAAUGAAGAAGAUGAGUAUUGUGUUAGAAAUAGAGGAACAGAAUAUAUCAAAUCUCCCGAAAUGUUAACUUUAACUAUUAAUUCAAAAAAAGAAUAAGAUACAUAUGAUAGAAGAAAAAAAGUAGGAACAACUAGAUCAUCAGAUGUUUGGUCACUUGGUUGUUUAUUAUUUGAAAUUUUAACAGGAGAAUUAUUAUUUUAUAAAAAAGAAUGGGUUUAAUUUUAUCUAUAAGUUACUUAGCCAACAGAAUAAUUGAUUUCUGAAGAUAAAUAAAAAGUAAUUGUUAAUUAUAUAAAUAAAUUAGUUAUUAGGAAACAACUUUUACAUAAUAGAUUUCCUAAAAUAUGUUUUGGUUCGAGAUUAGAAACAUAGACCUAAUAUUGAAAGUGUUUUAAAAAGAUUUGAACAUGUCCAUGCAUUAUUAGUUACUAAUAAUGAAUAAAAAAUUACUUAAUAAACUUUACUUAAUACAAAAUCAUUUGAAUUACUACUUGAAGAUUAUCAUAAACUUGUUUAUUAUAACGACAAAAAGAUUGCAUUUGAAUAAGCCUAACCUAUUCAUUUAUCAUUUUUUAAAGUAACUUAAGAACUCUUCAUUUGUGAUCAAAAUUAUUUUAAAUUAAAUUAAGAAAAGUAAGAUAUUAAUAUUGAUAUAGAUUAAUUGAAAUAGGAAUUACAAAUGUGAUUUCAGAUACUUAAUAAUUAAAAGCUUCUGAUUUAUACAAAUUCUAAUAUAUAAUAUUCUCUUUAGAAAAUAUAGCAUAAUUACCUAAUUAUGUAAAGGCUGCUUAACUUGUACCUCACAUGUUAGAUUAUCUUAGAUAGAUUCUUCUACAUAAAGGUAAGUUAUUGAUUGUAGAAAAUCAUUCCUCUUAUUUAAGAUAAGCCUUACUUUUAACUCUAUGUUAUUUUUUUAGAAUCAAUGCUUAUGAAGUUCAUAACAUUUUUAAUAAUUAACUAUUAUUCUUUAAUGUCUCAAAUUUACCUAUUUUAAAUAAAUUAUCAAUUUAUUCUAAUUAAUUAACUUAACAUUUAUUAACAUAUCCUAGAUUACAAUGUAUUUGUGGUUGUGUAACAUUCAUACUCAAAAGAGAUUUUAAUGAUGAAAAAAGAAUGUAAAUAUAAUAAUGUCAUUGUCAUGGAAAUAUGCUUUGUAAUGGAGGAGCAGGAAUGACUAAAGGAUGCUCAAAUUAUUUGAAAUUUUUAAGAGUAAUUUAUAUUAUCUAUAUUUAGAAACGAUAUAAAAUAUCAUGGGAAUUCAUCAAGUGGGGAUAAAUUGAAUUCGAUGCUUUUCUUAUUGGACCUUUUAAUAAAGGAUCUAUUAGAUAAGAAAGCAAAAUAUAAAUAUUAUUAUCUUCUAUGGGCUCUAAUCAUAAUCUAGUUAAUAAUUAAUCAACAUGUGAUUGGAAUGUCUAUCAAUGUAAUAGAUGUGAUAUGUGGAUGAUUGCCUAUAAUAGAUAAUCUCAUGAAUUAUUGGUUAUUAUGAAUAAUUUAUACAGAAAGAAUCAUAAUAAAUUCUUCACUGAUAAAUUAAAAUUGCCAAAUCUUAAAAAUUUUAGUCUUCUAGAAUUGAGAUGAUUUUACA